ACUUCAGGUUCUGUGCCCCAGGACCUGGAGGUGACCGCGACUACACCUGUAGCUCCAGGAGCAGGAGGCCAUCCGCCCCUCCCCCAACCUCCGCUGGUGGUGUUUAUCUUUGCCUUUGCUUCUGGCUCUUUCUCUUUCACUUUUCUUUUUGCCAGAGUUGGGACUCCCCGGGUGAAGGCGGCGGGGGACAUCACAACUGACUCGCUCGCUGCCGUCGGAGCCCCUAGUCCUGUCCUUGGUACGGUUGCGCGGGCUGCAAAGGGACCACCCGGCAUCCAGGUCUCCAUGGAGGUACGAGCUCAGCCUCUCUGCUUUGGGAAAGCAGACGGUGGAGGUUGACAGCGCUGGAAUUUUCCCCCAAAGCCCACGCCCCGGGCCCCUCCCAGCUGCGGCUCAACUCACGCUUCUCCUCCACCAGCCGGCGCCCCGCCCACUUGACCCGGACUUCAAUUUUUGGUAGCGCGACGUGCAGAGGUUUUUCCCCUUCUGAUCCUUUAUUUCUCUCGUGGGUUCGCCUGCCCAUACUCCUUCUUCCGGAGGAGCGCGUUUUCCCGUCCCUUUGCGCCUUGCGUGCGCUCCCCGGUGCGCGGCACUCCUGCAGUUCUCCGUGGCGGGCCAGCUGGUGACCGGCCGGUCCCUGCGCUCCACCUACUCUGCGAAGGUUGGUGGAGGGUGUCUGGCUGUCCCAGCCACGCAGCGGAUUUCGAAGAAGACGCACUGAUUCCUCCUGCACCUAAUCCAGCUCCGAAAGGUCAAGAAAGAAUCCAUCCCAAUGUGUGGCCAUCUGGCUCUGUGAAGCAAUGUCUCAUCCUGUUCCAUGUUGGUGAUGUCCCACAGAGCACAGAAGUCCAUGCCAACAGAGAGCCAGGCUACAGGAAGUCAUGACGUAUUCUGGAUGGAUGGCUGCUGGGAACCCAUUGCCAUAGCAGGCUCUUCUUCAAUACCUGAGGACUUACUCUGGCAUUGAGUAAUGAGAAUUUUGAAACCACAUUUGAGAAUUACUUCCAUCCAGUGCUACGUGUGUUUACUUCUCAAUAGUCGUUUUUUAACCGAGGCCGGCAUUCGCGUCUUCAUUUUGGGCUGUAUCAGUGCAGGUAUUCCUAAAACAGAGGCCAACUGGCAUGAUGUAAUAAGUGAUUUGAAAAAAAUCGAAAAUCUUAUUCAAUCUAUACAUAUUGAUGCUACUUUGUAUACGGAGAGUGAUGUCCAUCCCAGUUGCAAAGUAACAGCGAUGAAGUGCUUUCUUCUGGAGCUUGGAGUCAUUUCACAUGAAUCCAGAAAUGUGGACAUUAAUGAAACAGUAAAGAACCUGAUCAUCCUAGCAAACAGCAGUUUAUCUUCUAAUGGGAAUGUAACAGAAUCUGGAUGCAAGGAAUGUGAGGAACUGGAGGAAAAAAAUAUUACAGAAUUUUUGCAGAGUUUUGUACAUAUUGUACAAAUGUUCAUCAACCCUCCUUGAUUGCAAUGGAUCCUCUUCAGUGUUUCUAUUAUUAACAAACAUCUUCCCCGAUGCUUAGAGGCAACAAAACACUCUGCAUUUCAAAUGUGCUGCCAAAACAAGAUGUUCUGGCAAGAAGAAGAUCAGGAUCUUGGAUCAUGUGAACUCCUAAAAAUGAAGGCAGAAAAAUGUCAAUGACAAAGUUAACUAUGCACUUUCCUCAGACUUAUCUUGUUCAUUUAUUUUUAAUUUAUUAUUGAAAUUGUACAUAUUUGUAACAUAAUGUAAAAUUGUGAAUAAAACUGUGUACUUUUCAUCCUU